UUUCCACUGCUAUCUAGCUCAUGGUAGACUAGCUAGCCAAAGAAACCCAACGCGACUUUGGUUGAUGUCAUUCCAGAGCCAGGGUCGAGUCUCCAAGUCCACCGGUGCCCAAGCAGAUCUACCAGCUGCUUUUGGUGUGAGUAGAAGUUGGACCUGGGAUAGGUUACAGUAUCCCUUUAUAUCUUUGAGUAGCGGAGAGACAACAGCUCCGCAUCAUGAAACUAGCCUCAUUUUUUGCCAAGAGUGACAGUCGGAACUAAACGAUCGCAGAUCCGCUAUGUAUUCCGGAUACGGACCUAAGUGUUUGGCGUUGAAAGAGCCAGCAAGUGGAUUUGUGCUAAGCACCAUGACACGGAAUCGCCUACAAGCCAGUCGGGGUGGGACCAUAGCCACCGUUUUGAAGGCUUUCAUAUGUUGCCAUGGGUAUUCCGUUAUCCAAACGGUUUCACUGCAUACACUGUGGCGCCUUGUUGGGCAGACCACCUCAUCAACACAUCAACACAUACAAGCCACUCCAAGACAGCGCUGGGAACCAAUCAAUUGAACUGAGGAUAGCGUCUUUAUUUUGCCAGAAGCUUACCCCAGGGCUAGCAAGCUCAACUGCUUGAAGGAUUCCGUUGCUGAUGCGUAAGAGGAGCAAAGCGAUUCAAUACGUCAAUACAAAAGAAGAAUCCAACCAGGACGAUACUACCUUAGGCACUGACCCAGAAUCGACUCUGUACACUGACCCCGAAACAACUCUGUACACCGACCCCGAAACAACAGUUUACACUGACAUCGAAACAGUAGGAGGAGCCCCUUCUGGAAUUGUUGCAAGCCCAACCAGCUACUCGCUGGAAUAUCAACUACCAGAGACAGUCAGCCCGAAACCUUGGUAUUCGUCCUUUGUGCACGGUGCCUGGACCGCAGUUGAUAAGUCAGUCAAAGGGUCAGAAAAGGUGCUGACAACUGCCUGGAAAGAAGGAAAACACUUCACUGAACCAGCCAUCACGGAAGCAUUGAUUUCGGUGGAAGCAUUGGCAAAAACUGUCAAUAUGAAGGUGCAAGAGCCAGCUACGAACCAACAACCUAUUGACCCUGUGUCCAUGACUGUGGCAACAAUCAGGGCAGCGUCCCAAGAAUGGGCACAAAAAACUGUGUCCAGAGAACAAAAAUUCCCGAGCGCUUCCGGCAAGGAAAGGCGCAAGAAGAAUGCACAAAACUUAAUGGCGGUACCGGCCACAAAGAUGGAAUAUAGACAACCGCCAGCACAUGAGCAGAGUCAACAGAUCCAAGAUUUAGAUGAGAGACAGUCAGAGUCGGUUCGAUUGGAACCGGAAGAAACUGCAGUGAUAAAGAAGGAGAAAAAGGAGCAAGCGGCAAAGAAAAGAGCAGCAAGAGCCAAAAAGAAGGGUGCGCAGAAGAAACUUGACCCCGGUGCAUCCAGCCCCAGGAGUGCCAGUACCAAGAACUCUUCUUCAAAGAGUCCUCCUGCAAAAGCCUCCAAGAGCAAAAGUGCCAAGAGUGUAUCCAGUCAGCCGCCAGUUAGUGAAAAAAGUCUCGGUACGAGUCAAGCUCCAGCUAGCAAUAAGAGCAUUGUUGCUGACAGCGCUGCAAGUCAGGCUCCGAUCAGCACCAAGAGCCUUGGCCCCAAUGGUGGGGGGGCAAGCCAAGCACCCGCCAGUACCAAGAGCAUUGGGGCCGCCAGCGUUGCAAGUCAGGCUGCCGCAAGCACCAAGAGUGUUGGUGCCAACAGUGUGGCAAGUCAGGCUCCAGCUAGUACCCAGAGCAUUGCGGCUAACAGCAUUGCAAGCCAGGCUCCUAUCAGCACAAGAAGCAUUGGUGCCAACAGCGCCGCUGCUGCAAGCCAGACUCCAGCCAGUACCAAAAGUCUCGGACCCAAGAGUGUGGCAAGCCAAGCCCCAGUGAGCUCCAAAAGCAUGGGACCCAAGAGUACUAAGAGCCUGGGGCCUAAGAGCACCACAAGCGUAUCUGCCAGAACUUCGUUGAGUAUGAUUGCCAGAGGGAGUACCGCUGCUGGCAAUAGAAGCUCCAACAGCACCAUUGCUACCAAUAGAUCGAUCGCCAAGACGACUGCUACGGGUCCUCGAGCCAAAAAGCUCCAGCGAGAACCACUUGGUCGCGGAAAAGAUCCUCCAGGUGCACCCGCAGAAGGUUUCAAUGAUGAUGCAACCAUGGCACCACCAAAGGAGAAGGGGCCAACCGAAGAUGUAAUGCCUGAUUCCCAACCAAAGUCAAUCGUGCGCAAUGAUCUCGAGGAGACCACACCCAGGUCUGUUCCUUGGACAGUUACCCUCAAAAUACCUGGCUCCCUUCCAGAAUGCACAGGAGGCAGCCAAAGAUCAGCGACGCCACCACCGGUUCGUCCCUGUGAUCUACCACGUGGCUCGGAUAUCAAGAAGAAGAACCAAUCAAUAUUUGGUGGAGUCGCUGGAGAGUUUUUAUCCCAAUUUGGACUGUGAACAGCCGCAGCAGCUAACAGGGAACAAGCAACCCCCCAAGACACCAGCCAUGGAUUGAAAACAUUCAAUCAGCCAGUCAACCAAGCAGUCAGCGUCCUACUCUUGUUAUCUUACUUAUUGUCCUUGGUGUUUCCUUCGUCUUAUUGGCCAAUCACUGCUUUCUUCUUGCUGCAAACCUCCGUGCACAACUGUAUUUCUUUGGGAGGUCUACAGGGACGCACGCAAGCACAUUCUGGCAACUGGAGCAAUAUGAUACUACUACCACUAUUACUAGAGCCACUUAGUCUUUAUAUUUCAUAACUUUUCAAGGAAGUCCCGCCCCAAGUAAAUACGUAUCGGAGAGUCGAUUGUCACA